AUGAGGAUAACCUUUGGCGCUCUGGUGGUCGUAUCAGGCAUCUGUGGUCUCCUCAGCUACGCUUUCCUGGCCACUUCCCUCGGAACAGAGUACUGGUACAUUAUAGGGAUGAACCCCAUGAACAUGAGCGACCUGGAGCACGUGACCUUCCACUAUGGACUGUGGACUAUAAACGAAGGUGGGAAGAUGGACGAGGACCUUAUGGACCCUUUCAAAGCUGACGACUCCAGAUACUCUGACACUGAGCUGCUCAUGCUGAACAUGCACAGUGCCAUAGUGGUGGUGCUCACCCUCAGCCUGGUCCUCCUGCUGUUCGGAGGGAUCUGCGCGCUGGUCAGCUCCCUGGCUCGGAGUCCUGUGCUCCUCACCAGCUCAGCUUCCUACUUCUUCAUCUGCAGUCUGCUGACCCUGUGCGGCGUCAGCCUCUACAUCGUGUACUCGUACGAGGCCCUGGCAGAGAUAGAGCGGCAGGUGGGAGCCGAGGGCCUGGCCUACAUCCACACCUCCUUCGGCUGGUCUCUGGGUAUGGCCUGGCUCUCCUACAUCCUGGAGCUCCUCACUGGGGCUCUGCUGCUCGUCGCCGCACAGAUGGUCAAGGUGCAGCGCAGCAGUCCCUCCAUGGCCUGA